AUGCACAUUUUCAUCCGUGAUGUUCGAAAUAAUUCCUUUGAAAUCGAUGUCCAAGAUGAUUGCACCGUUCCUCUACUUAAACAAGCCAUUGCUGAACACAAACACUGCUCAAUUGAUGGAAUAAAGUUAUUAUUUGCUUCAAAAAUUCUCCACGACGACUUUGAUCUUAAAUCAAUUCAAACAAACGAAAAAUCCAGAAUAGUUUUAUAUGUCAAACCAGAAAAGAACAACACAUCACCAACAAAACUAUCAGAACCAGUGAGUGCACCUGUAAGGGAAGAGCCUAAACCAGCUCCACCAGUAGAACCAAUGAAACCACAACCAAAACCUGUACAAUCUCCUCCUGCUCAGCCUCAGCAACCGAAGAUUACUCCAAUGCAGCAACAACCAAUGGCUCAGCAACCAAUUUCAAGAGAAACUGUUCAAAUGUAUGAAGAGCAAUCGCCAGAUUCCCUCGAAAAAGCAAUUUCUGCCAUGACAGAAAUGGGAUAUGAUAAAGAAGUUGCUCGUGUAGCCUUAACAUUGCUUGAUAACAAUGUUGAAUCAGCAAUUGACGUUAUUUCUAGAGGAUAUAAUACAAUUGAAAAGUUACAAAAUUAUGAAGCAGAUUAUCGAGCGAAAUAUAGAACUUAUUUCGACUCACUUUAUGCACAUAUCAUCCAAAAUCCAGAACUCAUACGAUACGUGAUUCAACACCAUACAUGUCCUGUUACAUUACCAAAUGGAACAAUGACAUUCACAAAAAUCAAUUAUGACGACUUCAUUAAUUACUGUAAUAAACAUGGCCUCAAUAUCACCAAGGGAGAUGUCAUACGUUUGCAACCAGAACAGAUGCAACUUUUUCAACAACUGAUUCAUGAAUUUCCUAACGUUGAACAGUACACUAUACUUCAGUAUCUUCAAGCCUGUGAUUUCGAUUUAUCAAAUACAAGGGCAUGUUUGCAAAAUGAAUAA